UAAAAACCUGCAACGAAAGCAAUGGGCCGAAGUGGUUUCUUCUGGUUUCGUCAAACGUUGAUUCUUCCAUCGCCAGACUCCGCGACUCGGUCUCUCUCUCUCUCUCUCUCUCUCUCUCUCUUCCUCCAAAACAGUAUCUCUGUCUCUUCCUCCAGAACAAACAGAGUUUGGAAAGAAAACGAAAGACUGAGCCAUGACUGCGGCCACGAUGAAGAUCGCGUUCGGCCUUCUAACACUCGUCACUGUCGGAAUGAUUAUUGGUGCUUUGUUCCAAUUAGCAUUCAUACGAAGGUUGGAAGACUCCUAUGAGGUUCCAUCAUUUAGAAGAUUGCGGGGAAAUCAGAAUGAUGGCUAUCUUCAACUGCCCAAAGGUAUUCCCCACUGGGAUAACGACAAGGAAGCAAGAAUUUUACGUCUUGGAUAUGUCAAACCUGAAGUAAUUAGCUGGUCACCUCGAAUAAUUGUACUUCAUAAUUUUUUGAGCAUGGAGGAAUGUGACUACCUUAGGGCUAUAGCCCUCCCUCGACUUCAUAUUUCCACUGUAGUGGAUACAAAAACUGGGAAGGGAAUCAAAAGUGGCGUUAGGACUAGCUCUGGUAUGUUUUUAAGUCCUGAAGAAAAGAAGUAUCCAAUGAUACAGGCAAUUGAAAAACGAAUAUCUGUCUAUUCUCAAGUACCAGUAGAAAAUGGUGAGCUCAUACAAGUAUUAAGGUACGAAAAGAGUCAGUAUUACAAACCCCAUCAUGACUACUUUUCAGAUACUUUCAAUGUGAAGCGAGGUGGUCAGCGAAUAGCAACAAUCCUUAUGUAUUUAAGUGACAAUGUUGAAGGAGGAGAAACAUAUUUCCCUAUGGCUGGUUCGGGUGAAUGUAGCUGUGGUGGGAAGAUUGUCAAAGGGUUGUCUGUAAAUCCCAACAAAGGAGAUGCUGUGCUUUUUUGGAGCAUGGGACUAGAUGGAGAGUCGGAUCCAAAUAGCAUACAUGGAGGAUGUGAGGUAUUGGCAGGGGAAAAGUGGUCGGCCACAAAAUGGAUGAGGCAGAGAACUACUUACUGAUUUCAAUUUUGCUAACCCAUUUCUCACAAAUACAGAAAGGGAUCCCUCUUCAUGGGUUUUUCCUCCCCAUAUAAACCCUUAUUUAUAAAAUGACCAGUGAUUGUAAAUAGUUUUUCAGAUGUAUUAAGCCUCGUUUGGUUACAUAGUUGACAAUUCAUAUGAGAUGAGAUAAGAUAUUUUGUUAAAAGUUGAAUAAAAUAUUGUUAGAAUAUAAUUUUUUAAUAUAAUUUUUAUUUUAGAAUUUGAAAAAA